GUGUGAGAAGGAACAAAACAUUUGGUUUGGAUCCUCAGGACCUACAGGAUGAAAUAUUUCUGCUGGUUUCUCAGCCUCCUGUGGGCUCCUAGAAUCCAUUCAAAAGGCCAGCUUCCAUCAGCAAGUCUCCAUGGCUUGUCUUUUGCAUCUUUUCUGGAUACAGGUCUCCUACAGGUUCUGCUCCCUGUCUCUCCGAGAUGGGUCUCCAGGGGACAUUGUGCUUCCCCCUGGGGCUCCUAUUGGGCUCUGUGCUUUUGGUGGCAUCAGCCCCAGCCACCCUUGAACCUCACGGCUGCAGUGACAAGGAGCAACAGGUCACUGUCAGCCACACCUACAAGAUUGACGUGCCCAAGUCUGCCCUGGUCCAGGUGGAGACUGACCCUCAGCCCCUUAGUGAUGAUGGGGCCUCACUCCUGGCCCCAGGGGAGGCUGAGGAACAGAACAUCAUCUUCAGGCACAACAUCCGCCUGCAGACGCCACAGAAGGACUGUGAACUAACAAGCAGCGUCCAAGAGCUCCUGGCCCGGGUGAAGAAGCUGGAGGAGGAGAUGGUGGAGAUGAAGGACAAGUGUGAUGUCCAGCGCUGCUGCCAAGGGGCUGCUGGUGGGAGCCUCCACUGCAGCGGCCACGGGACCUUCUCGCCGGAGACCUGCACCUGCCGCUGCGAGCAGGGCUGGGAGGGUGCCGCGUGCGAGCGGCCCGCCUGCCCCGGGGCGUGCAGUGGCCACGGGCGUUGCGCCGCCGGCCUCUGCGAGUGCGAGCCGCCCUACGUGGGCGCCGACUGCGCCUACACCGCCUGCCCCGACGACUGCAGCGGGCACGGCGCGUGCGUGCGCGGCGUCUGCCGGUGCCACGAGGACUUCACGUCCGAGGACUGCAGCGAGCGCCGCUGCCCGGGUGACUGCAGCGGCCACGGCUUCUGCGACGCGGGCGAGUGUUACUGCGAGGAGGGCUUCCGAGGCUUCGACUGCGCCCAGGUGGUGGCUCCCCAGGGCCUACAGCUGCUCAAGAGCAGGGAGGAUUCCCUGCUGGUGAGCUGGGAGCCCUCUAGCGAGGUGGACCACUACCUCCUCAGCUACUACCCUCUGGGGACGGAGCUCUCUGGGAAGCAGAUCCAAGUGCCCAAGGAGCAGCACACCUAUGACAUCGCUGGUUUGCAGCCUGGAACCAAGUACAUAGUUACCCUGCGCAACGUGAAGAAAGCGGUUUCCAGCGGCCCACAGCAUCUACUUGCUACCACGGAUCUUGCCGUUCUUGGCACUGCGUGGGUGACAGAUGAGACUGAGAACUCGCUUGAUGUGGAGUGGGAGAACCCCCCGACCGAGGUGGACUACUACAAGCUGCAGUAUGGCCCCCUGACAGGGCAGGAGGUGGCUGAGGUCACUGUGCCCAAGAGCAGUGACCCCAAGAGCCGAUAUGACAUCACGGGUCUGCAGCCCGGGACAGAAUAUAAGAUCACCGUUGUUCCCAUGAAAGGAGAACUGGAGGGCAAACCGAUUCUCCUGAAUGGCAAGACAGAAAUUGAUAGCCCAACCAACGUGGUCACUGAUCGAGUGACAGAAGACACAGCAGUGGUCUCCUGGAUCCCCGUCCAGGCUGUCAUAGAUAAGUACGUGGUGCGCUACACCUCCGCUGAUGGGGACACAAAGGACACGGCGGUCCCCAGGGAGCAGAGCAGCACCGUCCUGACGGGCCUAAAGCCAGGAGAGGUGUACAAAGUCUAUGUGUGGGCCGAAAGGGGCAACCAGGAGAGCAAGAAGGCCGACACCAACGCCCUCACAGAAAUUGACAGCCCAACAAACCUGGCCACCGACCGGGUGACAGAGGACACGGCCACCGUCUCCUGGGACCUGGUGCAAGCUGUCAUCGACAAGUACAUGGUGCGCUACACCUCUGCUGAUGGGGACACCAGGGAGGUAUCUGUGGGGAAGCAGCAGAACAGCACCGUCCUGACGGGCCUGAGGCCAGGCGUGGAGUACACGGUCCAGGUGUGGGCCCAGAAGGGGGCCCGGGAGAGCAAGAAGGCCGACACCAAGGCCCCAACAGAAAUUGACAGCCCCAAAAACCUGGUGACCGACCAGGUGACAGAGGACACGGCCACCAUCUCGUGGGACCCGGUGCAAGCUGUCAUCGACAAGUACAUGGUGCGCUACACCUCUGCUGAUGGGGACACCAGGGAAGUGUCUGUGGGGAAGGAGCAGAGCAGCGCCAUCCUGACGGGCCUGAGGCCAGGUGUGGAGUACACAGUCCAGGUGUGGGCCCAGAAGGGGGCCCGGGAGAGCAAGAAGGCCGACACCAAGGCCCCGACAGACAUUGACAGCCCAUCAAAUUUGGUGACUGACCGGGUGACAGAGAACACGGCCACCAUCUCGUGGGACCUGGUGCAAGCUGUUAUCGACAAGUACAUGGUGCGCUACACCUCUGCUGAUGGGGACACCAGGGAGGUGUCCAUGGGGAAGCAGCAGAACAGCACCGUCCUGACAGGCCUGAGGCCAGGUGUGGAGUACACAGUCCAGGUGUGGGCCCAGAAGGGGGCCCGGGAGAGCAAGAAGGCUGACACUAAGGCCCCGACAGACAUUGACAGCCCAACAAAUCUGGUGACUGACUGGGUGACAGAGGACACAGCCACCAUUUCCUGGAAUCCUGUGCAGGCUGUUAUCGACAAGUACAUAGUACGCUAUACCUCUGCUGAUGGAGACACCAGGGAGGUUCCUGUGGGGAAGGAGCAGAGCAGCGCCAUCCUGAUGGGCCUGAGGCCAGGUGUGGAGUACACGGUCCAGGUGUGGGCCCAGAAGGGGGCCCGGGAGAGCAAGAAGGCCGACACCAAGGCCCCAACAGAUAUUGACAGCCCCAAAAACCUGGUGACCGACCAGGUGACAGAGGACACGGCCACCAUCUCGUGGGACCCGGUGCAAGCUGUCAUCGACAGGUACAUGGUGCGCUACACCUCUGCUGAUGGGGACACCAGGGAGGUAUCUGUGGGGAAGCAGCAGAACAGCACCGUCCUGACGGGCCUGAGGCCAGGCGUGGAGUACACGGUCCAGGUGUGGGCCCAGAAGGGGGCCCGGGAGAGCAAGAAGGCCGACACCAAGGCCCCAACAGACAUCGACCCUCCCAGAAACCUUCGUCCAUCUGCUGUCACCCAGUCCGGAGGGGUGUUGACCUGGACAGCCCCCUCUGCUCAGAUUGAUGGCUACAUUCUCACCUACCCGUUCCCAGAUGGCACUGUUAAGGAGGUACAGCUUGGAAGAGGGGAUGAGAGGCUUGAGUUGCGAGGCCUUGAGCAGGGCAUCACCUACCCUGUCUCCUUGGUCGCCUUUAAGGGUGAUCGCCGGAGCAGGAAUGUAUCUACUACCCUUUCCACAGUUGGUGUGCGUUUUCCACACCCUUCGGACUGCAGUCAAGUUCAGCAGAACAGCAAUGUCGCCAGUGGUCUGUACACCAUCUACCUGAACGGUGACAGCAGCCUGCCCCUGCAGGUGUACUGUGACAUGAACACCGACGGAGGCGGCUGGAUUGUCUUCCAGAGACGCAACACUGGGCAGCUGGACUUCUUCAAGCGCUGGCGGACCUACGUGGAAGGCUUUGGGGAUCCCAUGAAGGAGUUCUGGCUUGGACUUGACAAGCUACACAAUCUCACUGCUGGCACCCCUACCCGCUACGAGGUGAGAGUGGACCUGCAGACUGCGAACGAAUCUGCCUAUGCUGUGUAUGAUUCCUUCCAGGUGGCCUCCAGCAAGGAGCGGUACAGGCUCACGGUUGGGAAAUACAGAGGCACAGCAGGGGAUGCUCUUACUUACCACAAUGGAUGGAAGUUCACAACUUUUGACAGAGACAAUGAUAUUGCCCUUAGCAACUGUGCCCUGACCCAUCAUGGUGGCUGGUGGUACAAGAACUGCCACUUGGCCAACCCCAAUGGCAGAUACGGGGAGACCAAACACAGUGAGGGGGUGAACUGGGAGCCGUGGAAAGGACAUGAAUUCUCCAUUCCUUAUGUGGAGUUGAAAAUCCGCCCUCAUGGCUACAGUGGGGAGCAUGUCCUGGACAGAAGUGGACCCUAGGAGAAAAUUCGAGAAUGUUCUGAUGGCCUAUCGGAGCAGUCAUCACACGAGACAAGACCGGCCCAGAGUUGGGGCUGUGUAGGCUUGGGGCAGGGUGGGUUGUGGUGACUGGUUCAUGGAAGUUUGGGGGAUGCUCCUGGCCUCUGGUUUCUGAGAUGGCUGGAUAACCUUCAGGACAAAGCACGUGACCAAGCUUCAGACCAUACAGGUUAUUUCCCUUGGUUACCUGCGUUUUUGCCCAUCUAUAUACUGGGGUCCCGAAA